ACUAGAAACUCGAGGAUGCCGGGCAGUGCAGCCAGUGCCACCAUGGUCAACAGUGCAGCCACAUACGAAAUGGAGAUGUUGAAAUUCAGCAUAACGGACUAUUCCAUAUUCCUAUUCCUGUUGAGUGUCUCAGCAGCCAUUGGCCUCUACUUUGGCCUCUACUCAAAGUCAAGGAACACCACCGACGAAUACCUGCGCGGGGGCAAGAAGAUGCAGGCGCUGCCCAUUGCCAUAUCCUUAGUUUCCAGCCAACUAUCUGGUGUGUCGAUUAUGUCUAUUCCAGCCGAGAGCUACACAUUUGGCUUGAACUACAUAUUCGGAGUGCUAGCCAUGUUACCAACUGUCCCAAUCCUUAUACACAUUAUUGUGCCGGUGUUCUACGACAACAACGUCGUCAAUUGCUAUGAGUACUUGGAGAUGCGUUUUAAUAAGGGAACUCGUCGAUUCGUCACUCUCACGUUCAUUAUGAGCCAAUUCCUGAUGCUGCCUGUCUAUAUGUUCAUACCCUCGUUGGCCUUCUCUCAAGUGACCGGCGUAAAUAUUCACCUGAUCAACAUAAUUGUCUCCUCGAUUUGCGUUUUCUACACCAUGCUGGGAGGGAUUAAGGCGGUCGUCUGGACAGAUGUUGUUCAGGGAGGUGUAAUGCUUGUCUCGGUGAUCAUGGUGGCCGUAUUGGGCAUAAUGGGAACAGGUGGCUUGGCCACUGUGCUGGAUUAUGCUUCGGAGGGCGGACGCAUGGACAUUGACUUUAGACUAGACCCACGGAUUCGGUCUACUAUCUGGAAUUGCUUUAGUAGCGGGUUGAUACUAUGGACGGGUAAAAUUGGAGUCGAUCAAAGUUGUGUUCAGCGCAUUGUCUCCUUACCUUCGUUUCAGGAAGCAAGAAAAUCUUUAGUUGUGGCGGGAUUUGGUUUCAUAAUAAUCAUGUCCCUCACCUGUUUUACCGGCAUCAUUAUGUUUGCUCACUUCUUCGGCUGCGAUCCCAUGUUAGCUGGCCUGGUCAGCAAGCCAGACAAAAUGAUGCCAUUCUUCAUUCAGGACAUAAUGGGUAACUUGCCGGGCAUGCCCGGUCUGUUCAUCUCAUGCGUCUUCAGCGCUUCGCUGAGUUCCCUUUCGGCUAAUCUCAACUCCCUCGCUGGCGUCGUCUACUUCGACUAUAUCAAGCCGCAUAUCCGGCAUACGGAGGCGCGUGCCAAUGGAUGUAUGAAGCUGGUCGUGGUUGCCAUGGGCGUCUACUGCAUUGUGGGAGGCAUCAUCGUGCAGCACUUCAACUCAAUACUGCAGACCAUGUGGACCGUCACGGGCAUCAAUACGGGCGCCGUUGUGGGUGUCUUCCUGCUGGGCAUGUUUGUGCCCCGUGUCAAUGGGAAGGUGGCAGUGACCAGCAUCAUAUUCAGUGUGCUGGCCAUGCUUUGGCUCAUUAUAAAAGCACAGAUAAACAUCAAGGCGGGACUCAUCAAGUACGAGGUGCUGCCAAACAGCUUGGAUCAGUGCGAGGCGCGAGGCUUCCAUGCAAUUCUUGCAGCCAUAAAUCACACAACAACUACACCAGCAAUAACAACAGAUGGCCCUAGGAAAGUGACAACAGCCUUUGGCAGCAAUCGCGAGUUCUCAAUCUUCGAUAUAUCGUUCUACUGGUACAAAAUGAUAGGCGCAAUCCUGAUCUUCGUUUGUGCCGUGCCCUUAAGCUAUAUCUGGCCUCCGGAUAAGAACGAUAAGCUGAAUCCCAAACUUUAUUCGCCAUUCGUACGCCAACUGUUGAAUGUGUCCGAAGCAGAAGUGGAGCUGGAGGAGGUGCCAUUGAAGGAACCUCCAUCCAAAGAAGGGCGACAGGAAAACGCAUAAUUGUUAUUUACAAACUAAGUUAGUUAAUACACAAUGUCAUGUCUCUUUUGUAUUUUUAAACGAUUUAUUUACAAAAGAAUAUUUAAAUGAAGAAUUUCUUAUACAGAAAGUAUCCAGCUACAUACAAAAACUGUUUCGACUGAUUAUUUCAGUUAUAAAAAAGAGUUCCAAAGUAUUUUUUUUUUUUUUAUGCUACUUGUGUGUGUGU